UCGUCUCUUAAUUAACCUUAUAGGGAAGCACUCCUUGGAGAAGUUUCAGAGACACAGGUUUGAAGCAGUGUUAUUUUACCUGACGACGAGCCCGCCUGCAUUCGUUUCGUCUCGUAUAAACGGGAAGCGUGUUGCUUAACUAAGGAAUUUUGUCGUUGCCAUUGUUCUCAAACGAACGACGUACGACACAAUUAAAUGGUUCCACUAGUUUCGUCCUUAAAAUACGGUAUGAAACUGCGUGAAAGGAAAACAGUGACUUAUUGAAGUAUUCGGAAGGUCUGCAUAUUAAGCGAAAGAAGCAAGCGCUAUUAGCAAGGUUUCAUCAGUCAUUCGAAACCAGAAAUCACAUCUGGCUUGCUGAUUGUUCGUACACAAGAAAUGUGUUUUUUAUGUGGCUUAUUAUUUCAUCCUCUUAAAGUUUUUGAGUGGAGAUUUUACUGAGUGCAUGGAAACGACUUGACACUGUUUUUGUUCGAUGGAAAAGUACGAGAAUUUAGGUUUGGUCGGGGAAGGCUCAUAUGGUAUGGUCAUGAAGUGUAGGCAUAAAGAAUCCAACCAAAUUGUGGCGAUCAAGAAAUUCAUCGAGUCUGAAGACGAUAAAAUGGUCAAGAAAAUCGCUCUAAGAGAAAUAAGAACGCUGAAGGUGAGUUCAAUGGGAUCAUAAUGUUUAAGCUAUCCAUAACCGUGUUUACUGUAAGAAAAUACACGAUAUUUGAACUGUAGCUUGUUUGUUUACCAACUUGGCAAUUUUCAUAAGCGUCAUAGGUGUUUUGCCUUUGAAUCCUUGGAUCUACGGCUUCUUCUGAAGCGAAAGAUUCGCUUUGAAAAUUUUUCUCUAUACUGUUAGGUAAUGAUCGUUAAUAGCCCCUCAAACUUGUGGAUUUCCUGCUUAUUAUUUAGAUAUUGCAUUGUACUCAAUUAAUUAUUGCUGAGUGUCAUGGUGCGGAAGUUUUGUUGCUGUAAGCUAAGAAAGGGAAUUGUCAGUUUGUUCCCAAAGUUUGGUGAUUGUGUAUGACUUGUCUUAAUAUUUAUCCGUUUAUGACAGCAGUAAGGUUAAUUUUUUUCCCUUACAUCAGUUCAGGUAAAACGGCUAUACAAACGUUUUCGUCAAAUUAAACGAUGGAUUUUUUCUACCUCAGUUUUUACACAACAUUAAAUUAUUUUAUUUUCUUUUCUUACAUCUGAUAGAUGACUUUAAAUUUUUCGAUUGAGGGUUGUGCACUGAACACGUCUGUUGUUUUAUUUUCCUUAAUUUUUGAGUGAAAACUAAUUAAUUAUGUAUUAUUAUGAUAUUGUCAACUCAUCUUAAAUCUUAAAUUUGCAUUGAAAAAUAAUGUCAUUAGGUAAAAAAUUAUAAGCCAAAACUGAAAAAUUAAAAUUCACUGAUAUGAAAUGGAGGCCAUACUGGAAGCCAAAAUAAUUAUAUUUAUGUACAAUUUGCAUGAAAACAGUUUGCAUGCACAGUUUUUCCAAUGAGGACUGAAGGUUUACUGUUCAGUGCUCUCCAACAUCACAAAAAACUCUAUACAGAAAUUAAAAGUAACUUUUUGCAGAUUCAAUGUCAUUUAACAGCAUAAGCAUAAUCAGUGGCAUUUUUUUUAUCAAUUCCUACCUUUACAUUGAGGAGCUUAUGAAAUGACAGUCAGUUGUGGCAAUGGUUAUAAGGACAAUGUUACACCACAAAAUGUAAUAAUCACUGCAAAAUGUAACAUCAAUGCAAAAUGUAACAUCAACGCAAAAUGUACAAUGCAAUAUGAAUUGCUGCAUACUAAAGCAAAAUGUAAUAACAUUGAUGCAAAAAGUAUAUGAUAAAAUAUUCGAGGGAAAACAUAUAGACUACGAGUAGUCCCCCAUUUUUCCUCAGGGAUAGUAGAGCAAGCGAAACACGAGCGCGCGUGAAAAUCACCCCAGGCAAGAAAAGGCGACACGUGCGGGGAGAGAGAAAAAUGAGGGACUACAGACAAAGCCCAAGCUUUUGACCCUUCACGGCCGAUUGAUUUUGGAGUGUGAAGUUCUUAUCCCCUUCCAAAUCAAUUAAGCGCAUCCAAUGGCAUCCCUUCCCUUAUUGAGCUGUCAUUGCUCUUGUCAUCGGUAAACUGCGGGGGAUGUUUAUUGCAAGCAAAAGAAAACCCAGAUACUAAUUUUCUUCACGGCUGUUUCGCGUGAAGAAAUUGAUAGUAUAGGCAACACACGACUUUAAUGCUCAUGCCAAAAUGCUGCUUAUUCCAAUGAAUUUUUUUUCUCUGACCGGUAGAAUUAUGCUCUGGAGGAAAACGUUUUGACUGAGCAAAUGUGAUUUUUGCCGCUUAUUUCAUACUGAGAGGUCGUGACACGCAUAUUAAUUUUCUGCGGUUAUUGUCUAUGGUCAGCAUGAUUUGCCCUCUGAUGUAAGAGCAUUUUCUUUGACCUCUUUUGAAAAGUAAAGCUCUUCAACGCGGCUAAAUAAGGGUUUUGGGUUGUUUAAUUUCUCCGGCGAUUGCCUCCUGGAUCUGAAUAAUUUUAAGCGAUUUUCUUUUUGGCCGUGAAUGUGACGGUUUCCUGCAAUGUUUUGUCAUGCUGGGCCCAGCUCGUUAGCGUUUUUGGCAGGACUGAUAGUGAUGUCCAAAUCUCGAAGAAUUGAUUGCAGCUUGAACUAAAACUACAUUAACUAUGGAGAAUUGCGAUGUGACUCAGUCGUGCUCAUGAAUUUUAACUGCCGCUUGUUUUUCUGGAGAUAAUGUGAGUCUUUGGACUGGAGCACGUAGUUCCUCUCUUGGUGAUAACUUUUGACUUAGCUUAAACAGCCUUGCGACUGUUCUGUUAUUCCCAAUUUGUGAUCACGCAAGACCAUGGUUUCGGUUCUCCACACGAACCUCAUCAGUUGCCGGGUUGGCUUUCUGCUUAGUUGCUUCAACAAGAGCAACUCUAGUUAUUUGUUUUGUGCUGUUAUUUGUUCUGUAAAUUGUGAUUAUGUUGACUGUUGAUAGCGGCUGACGUGUUUUUGACAGAUGCUGACAGAUUUCCAUGGAAGGGCCAAUCAGAGUUUUGCGUUGUGAGAGCAAUGCAUUAGUUCAAAAGCUUGGGCUUUGUCUGUAGUCCCUCAUUUUUCUCUCUCCCCACUAUGUGUCGCCUUUUCUUGCGUGGGGUGAUUUUCACGCGCGCUCGCGUUUCGCUCCCUCUACUAUCCCUAAGGAAAAAUGGGGGACUACUCGCGUGUCGCCUUUUCUCGCGUGGGGUGAUUUUCAUGCGCGCUCGUGUUUCGCUUGCUCUACUAUCCCUGAGGAAAAAUGGGGGACUACUCGUAGUCUAGAAAACAUAGUAAUCUUUCAGCACAAAAUGUAAUAACUUUUCUAACGCAUAAUGUAAAUUUUAUACAGUAAUAACGUAAAAUGUAAUAAUUUCUGAAUGAUAUGCAUGGUAUUUUGAAUUUCUAUACAAAUUGUUAUUCCAAGUCAUAUGAGUACACGUAGCUAUGAUGCUGUCAUUGAACAUUAGUUUAUGAUACAAGGGUAGGGCUAAUUUAAUGUUGAUGCUGUCACUGUAUAAUAAUAAUAAUAAUAAUAGUAAUAAUAAUAAUAUGUGGCCAGCAAGUGGAGAGCAAAUUUAAUGCAGAUUGUGUUCGCAACAUGAAGAGACAGUGGACCAUAUUGUAUCUGGAUGUGAGGUAUUAGCCAAAACAGAGUACAUCUCCAGGCACAAUAAUGCUGCAGCAUAUCUCCAUUGGAGCAUAUGUAAAGGAACCAGAGACCGUGACACACAAUAAAGAUAACAACAUCACCAUCAUGUGUGACGUGCCAGUCAGUACUGAUAGAACUAUAACAGCGAACAGACCAGAUAUCAUCGUUAAAGAUUCAGUGAAUUCCACCUGCAAACUUAUCGAUAUGACUGUUCCAUCAGAUAGAAACAUCGCACUGAAGGAAACUGAAAAAAAAAUGCAAGUACAAAGACCUAGAACUAGAAAUACAGAGAAUGUGGCAUAUGAAAACCGUAGUGAUCCCUGUGGUUGUUGGUGCGCUUGGUACAGUGAAGAAGGAUAUUGUAGAAAAAAUCAAGAAAGUAUCAGAGAGAGCUACUAUGACAGAGAUUCCAAAGAUCUGCAUGCUGGGAUCUGCACGAAUCCUUAGAAAGGUGCUCAGUGUAUGAACAGAAUGAUUGACUUGAGUGACUGACGCUGUAGGUGCAUGGUUUGCACCCGGCUGAUGCACAAAAAGAACACCAGCAAAGACUGUGAUAAUAGAGACAAUAAUAAUAAUAAUAAUAAUAAUUAUUAUUAUUAUUAUACAUUCUUAUUGAACACAUUUCCAUUCCCCAAUGCUACAAUGUGCAUUGUUGUUUUAACAUGUGUUUGAGCUGUAUUAGGAGAUGAGAGAUUUCUUCAUUGUUUUGUUGGUUGAUUUUUUGACAUAAGUGGAAAAUAUUUUUGUAAACUUAGUUAUACAUUUUAGUUGUCAAAUUUCUAUAAAACCUCACUGCUACAGGGUUGUCAUUAGGAGCCGGGGGCUGGGGAUUUUCCCCGGCUACUAAGAGACUGGCCCCAGGCUACUUUUGUUGGAAAAUAGAAGAAAAAUAGAACCAAAAGAAAUCCCUAGCCAUUUGAUUCCCCGCCUGCUUGUUGUAUUUACCUGGCAACUUGAAAUCUUAGUGACAACCCUGCUGCCGCAAGUUUUUUUUACCUUGUUUAGGUACAGUUAUGUAAGGCGUAAAUAGCGAAUCCUGACUGAAAUACAAAUACAUGUAAGCUUGUUGCAGUAUCUGUUCAUAUCCCAAGUAUAAGCACACAUUAUAAGGUUUAAUAGACUGUACAGAGUAGUGCUCACCGUUGUAAAAGUUUAAGAAAUGAAAAAGAUCCACCAUUAUGUAUUUUUACCUCUCACUGAUUAUUAUUAUUUUUAACUUACCUGCGAUUAUGAAUAUCAGAUAAAAUUUUGAAUCAAUUUUCAAUUAAAUAUAAUUGGCAAUCAUCACACUGGUCACUAGUGUUUGUGGUCAUUGCUGUACAGUCUGAAUAAUGCUGCAAGGUGGCUAGAGUUUUAUUCUGUAGGUUGAGGUCAAACUAUUAACCCUUGCUUUUCAAAGAAGGUUACAGCUGUAACCGUUGCAAAAUGUUGUGAUUGUUAAUUUUAUUGUACGGGUAUGUUCAAAAAUGGAUUGUUCAUAUUAUGUUGAUUCAAAAAUAACUAAUCAAUUUCAUAUUUCAGCAAUUACGACAUGACAACCUUGUUAACUUGAUAGAAGUUUUUCGUCGAAAGAAACGCUUGUUCCUUGUGUUUGAGUUUGUGGAUCACACAGUGCUUGAUGAGCUGGAGAGGUAUCCCAAUGGUCUAGAUGAAAACACUGUUAGAAAAGUGUUAUGGCAAGUGCUGAGGGCAAUUGAAUUCUGUCAUAACCAUUAUGUAAGUACAAUAAAAUACCUGACCUCAUUUGAAUGCUCCAACACAAAGAUCAUCCUCACUUUUUUUAUAUAAAUAUCCUUUAAAAUAGUUACCAAUUUUCUUUUGUUAUAUAAACUUAAGGGUGCUACAUGUAUUGUACCCCUCUUAAAACACCACUUACCUGUACAAUAUAUCUAUAAGUUGAAUACAGCCAUAGGAUCAUUCAUUAACCAGUGGACAAAUAAGUCUGCUCAAAAUGCAAAAUUCCUAGCAGAUUUCCUUUGCAUACUGAAUUUGUGAAUUGUUAAAGUUCAACCCAGUUCCCAAUGAAAAGAAGCACCUUUUAGGUAAAUCAUACUACAUGUUUAGAGGAGUCUAGAACAACGACUUGUUCUCAGUAAAGGUACAGUGUAGUGUAUAAUACUUACUGUAUCUUCAGGUUAAAUGUUUGAGUUUUGUUUGUACACAUUUGCAGCAGCCAAAGAUAGCUAUGUCUGGUAGCCUGGAGCUAGCAGAUUUUGUUAUUGGACGCUAGCAGAUUUUGCUAUCAGACUUAUUAUAGAGUUCUGUUCUUAACUUGCUCAAUGGGUAGUUGAAGUUCUUUGGGGGAUUUGAAGUUACAGAACCUGCUCAUCAAAAUUUUUUUCAGGCUAGUUAAAAAGACUUUUGGGCUAUUACAUGCUAGUUACAGCUUGUCUAAAUGGCAAGGCCUAAAACUGACUUUUUUUUUUCUUUACACCCUACAGGCUGUAUUUAUAUAAACCUUAUAACCUUUUUGUAUCACAAUAAAAAGACAAUUGAACCUCCAUAAUUAUUUUAUGCUUUACAGCUCUCAAGAAUGACUAUCUGUGAUAAGUGACUUCCACACAUUGGUAUCUUCCACUGUCUAUAAAACAAUAAUAAUUGCUUUAAAGGAAUAAAUAAAAAUAACAACUUGUGUUAAUUUUAGAUUAUCCACAGAGAUGUAAAACCUGAGAAUAUUUUGGUAUCCAAAUCUGGCGUUGUAAAAUUGUGUGAUUUUGGAUUUGCAAGGACACUAGGUGAGUAGUAUAUAUCUGACAAGAAGCCAGAGGAAUGUUACUUCAGUUAAAGGCAUUACAAUGAGUGUCAAAUGGGGUUUGUAAGACUAUAUUAACAUUAUUAGUCUUGCUUGCUUGAGCAGAGUGAGACUCUUAAAAUGCAGUCGUUUUUUUUUUUCGUCGGGCCUAGUUUGUAGGCCCCGCGUUCUUAGCGAAGACCGUGGAAAAAGGGGAUAAGAAUCGUGACGACUUUCAUUGUAUGGAAAUGAGUCUCGUGAUGAGAAUGCAGUUUAUUUUGGCGAUGACUGAAAUGAUGCAUGUAAGUUUAAUUUUUGGCAAUGACGUAAUUUUCCUCGAAUGGAGGCCCUUGAUUUUCAUGUAAUUAUGCACGACAUGCAGGCACAUCUACAAGGAGGAUGAGAAAAUAUUAUAGCGGGGAAAUCCUCAGGAUUUUGUGGCUUUUUAAGGCGUUACAUUUCUCAGAAUAUUGUCGCAAUUACAGGAAAUGUACGGUUAAAUAAAUUCAUUUUGUUCUAUGUAUUUAAUUGAUAGAUUUUCACAGUUGUUACGAUAUGAAGUCGUGUUGCACUUCAUAAAUACUUGAGAUAUGAAGGAUCCACUGUCACGUAAUUUUUACGUGCACACGUGCGUAAAAUUUGCUUUCGCAAAUAAAAUAAAGGCAAUGUAUGAAAGGCUGCACGUACAAUUAUGUAAGCGUAAAAGUAGAAACUCGCUUAAUUUGACGUUUAAUCUCAAUACUUUAUGUCUUACCUCUAUUUGAUAUACGUGAUUAAAACUUACGUGCGUUAACGUGCGGAGCCAAAAAUGCAUCAGUGGAAAUCCACCCUAACGUGUCACGGAUGUGUUUAUACGGGUAGCUUUGGACUUACUAACCGCACACUCUACUCGCAGCACUUCAUGUCCAUAGUUAAUAGAAAUCCCAUAUCGAGCUUUUCCGGAAUGGGUUGGUCCAAGAAUUCUAUGGUUUGAAAGCGUUGUUUAUUUUGGAACAACUGAUCACUUCAGUGGUCGAAAGAAAAAGAAUAAUCUUAAUGAGCAAAACUUCAAGGUUUACUGGAAAAUCAGGAUCGAGGAUUGAGGAUCGACCAAUCAGGGAUCAAGGAUCGGUUAAAAAGAACUUGAAAAUAAAAGAAAUAAAUAAAUCGUGGAUCAGUGAUGAUGUGGGCCGCAGACUGUAGAUAAAUUUCACAGAACAUAACCCCGUUCGCUGUACUGAACGCUAAAUUCAAGUAAACUAAUCUGAGUCUGUCUGAGUCAGUGAUUGUUUUGACGAGAAAGUGAAAUUUUCCGGGAAAAUGAAACACUUUAUCCUGGUGAUACUGUAAUACAAGAAAAAACGUUCAACAGUUUUUAAUUUUUAAGUGUACAUUUGCUUUCAGUACUCCUUAUUUUUCUUGUAAUUGUUGUAAUUGCUGAUCUUUUUAUUGUGCCAUGAACUAAGGUUCUUACCUAUCCACCCCCACCAGCAAUGCUGAUCUUAUUAUUAUCUAUCUAUCUAUCUGAAUCUAUCUAUCUAUCUAUCUAUCUAUCUAUCUAUCUAUCUAUCUAUCUAUCUAUCUAUCUAUCUAUAUCUAUAUCUAUCUAUCUAUCUAUCUAUCUAUCUAUCUAUCUAUCUAUCUAUCUAUCUAUCUAUCUAUCUAUCUAUCUAUCUAUCUAUCUAUCUAUCUAUAUCUAUCUCUAUCUCUAUCUAUCUGUCUGUCUGUCUAUCUAUCUAUCUAUCUAUCUAUCUAUCUAUCUAUCUAUCUAUCUAUCUAUCUAUCUAUCUAUCUAUCUAUCUAUCUAAAAUGCAUGCUGUGUACAACUUUAAACAUUGUACUCUGAGACUGUACAGAGAUAUUAAAAGUAGAUACUAAGCAGCUAUGGAAAAUGUCAUUACUUUCAUGCGAUAUUGAUAUGUUAUAAAACGGACAACAAAUUCAACAGGAAUACGCGCAAACUGAAUUAACUGUGUGUUGUAUAAGGUUCUGUUCAACUUACACCUUUUUCCUGUGCUGAACAUAUACUGUACCGAGCCGUAUCUUGGUCCGGUACAAAGAAGCUAUGUAAAUUUAUACUGACAGAGUCAUGGGUCCCUGAUACCGAUAAAAAUCAUCGUUCAAUUUUUCGAUUGUAGAAUCCCUGAAAGAGUACUCCUCAAUGGAGCAAUAUCAAUAUGUAGACUUGGUUUUCAAAGGUUUCACACCGGUUUGAGGCUAACAUGUGCGGCCUGUCUCUCCUUGCAAUUUUUACUUUUUGAGUUUAUACAUUAUGACAUACAACACUCGUUUUGUAUUCCAAACGAGAAAGUAGUAUAACGGCACCAGGUCUUUGACAACAAAACUCAUCUCCAAGCAAGCAAGACUCAACACUACUAAGAGCGUUCUUGUUAUUUGUUAAAAUGCACUUUGUAUAGUGUAUGUGCACUAGUUAGUCAUCAAGUUUCUGGAUGUUUUGUGGGCAGUUUGCACUACACUUAAAAUUUUUCCUUGCUGCUUGUUUGUAACUUUUUUGUUUUUGUUUGGCCUAAUCUUGAAAGGCAGUAAUCUCUUUGUCACUGUGACACUGUGACUGAUCUCCAGAUGGUGACAUCACUGAAAUCUUGCAUUCUUGUACUUUGAUAAGACUGACCAAAGUUUUAGUUAAAAACAAUUUGCAAUAGUUAAAAUACAAAGUUCUUCUUACUAUAUGUAUAUUCAUGAAAAGAGACUUCCAUGAUGCACAGAAUUAUUCAUAAUGUGUAAAAUUUUAAGGUGGUAAAGUGUGUUUUCUUACAUGUAAUGUGCAGGUGUAUUUAACAAUUACUCCUCGAGCUUGAGCCCAAAUAGGCUCUGAUUUAAUAGCCCAUGAGGCCAACUAUUGACUCAGAAGCCAUAAGGGCGAGAGGAAUAAUAAUGUGUGUGUUUUAGUAAAAUCCAACUAGUUGGUAAAAAAUAUCGAGACAAAACAACGGUAGCCAGCAAAGUGCGAUUCAGCCACCAUUGUUUUGGUUUUCAAAGCCUGCGCUUUUGGCUACUAGUGGGCUGUAACAUAAAUAGUCUAGUAGUAGCACGACCAAUCAGAGCGCAGCAUUGAUAAUAGACCACCAGUUGGAUUUUACUAAAAUAUAAUAGCCAAAGGGUUCAGUUUUCUCUUAAGAAUGGAACAUCUAAGUUUUAUCUGGCAUGUUUGUUCUGGCUUGAAAUAUUAGAGCUUAACUCUCUCUGAGACAGACACCUUUGGGACCGGUAUUUAGUGUCCAUCUUAGAAAGAUGUCUGUCAUAUAGGGAGUCAAAUAAAGUAAAGAAAGGCACCACAGGUGUCCAUUUUACAGAGGUGUCUGUCUUAUAGUGUAUCAAUAAUAUUAAUUUUUGUAGCUACUGGCCCAGGGGAAGUUUACACUGACUAUGUAGCUACCAGGUGGUACCGAGCUCCUGAACUCCUUGUUGGAGAUACUAAAUAUGGAAGGUAAACAUCAAUUUACAGAAUAAUUGUUUAUUCAAGUUAGAUUAGUAAAAAUAAUGUGAACGUUGGGGUCUUUCUCCUCCAUCCUUGUGGCUCAAGGUUUGAUUUCUUGAAUCGGGACCAUUAUCUUUAUAUGUUGUGGAUCCUUGAAAUGAAAUGUUCGUUUCCUAAUUUGUUUUGGGGUAUGGUCAGGCUUUUCUGGCAGUGCCUGGUGGCCCCUGGUGCCUUUCUUAUGCUCUUGGGCAACUACAUGUAAUAAAUCCCAUGCUGGAAACCCUUGAUUUCACAAGUUGGAAUGGAGGUAAUGCUCCCUUCAAUUUUUCUUAGUGCACAGCCUUGAUGACAAUUGGCCUCUCUAGCCUUUGUGCUAUAAUCUAAACAAUAUUAUUUUAGCAUGCAAGCAAGCUCUCCGGGGCACUUUGGCAAGAAAAGGAAGGAGAGCUUGCAACUACAUCUCUGGAAUCUGAAUUCCACCUCCAAUUCCCCUUUGGCUCCCCGAUUACUGAGGUGUUAGAUUUCCACCAAUCGUGCAAAGUGGAAACAGUCCCAAAUGUAAACGAACAUUGAAAAUAAUGUUCCAAGGGUAAUGACAGCAUUACAUACGUCAUCUCCACCAAUCAGCAUUUCGUAUUGACUUUUUCAAUGCAGAUAUUCAAAUUCCAGAGACGUAGUUGUAACCUCUCCUUCCUUUUCCCACCCCACCAUCAGAGUGCCCCAAAGAGCUUGCUCGCAGGCUAAACAAUGUUAUAAAGGGCUUUUUAUUGCAAAUCACUAUUAAAAUAGUAUUCAAGCCCUCUUAAGAAGGAAUUAAACUGAAAAUUGAUUUUUAUGUAGAGUGUUUUGUUAUCCAGAAAUUCUGUUUGAAAUACAAAAUAAUGUAUGUUUUUUUUCCUGUACAGGCCUGUAGAUGUAUGGGCAGUGGGUUGCUUAUUGGCUGAGAUGUUAACUGGGGAGCCAUUAUUCCCAGGGGAUUCAGAUAUUGACCAGUUGUAUCACAUCAUUACUAAGAUUGGUAAGUAGAUAAUCCUCAAAAAAUGAAAAAAAUUGAACUAAACACACAUUAAAAAUAAUUGUGAUCUUAUCAUAACAAAAUAAUAUCUCCAGAAUAUUUUCUUCCUUCUUUUGACAGUCUUAUUUCUGUCCACAAUAAUCGCUGGGCAUGGUGAGGUGAUAAUACUUACCAACUUACUUAGGCCAGGAAUCAUCCCAAACUGCUCUAAUAAAAUCUUUCCACACAACCUGUAUGUAAUUCUUGGUCUACCUCGAUUUGGGUGAUGACCAUGUUGAGGUUCCCAAAGCAGGACUUUUGAAGCAGUCUCUUUAUUGUGAUGAGCACAGUGGCCAGCUAUCCUAAUCUUCUCGCACAAAUUGUUUCAAUAACUCUUGGGAGGUUCCUGUAUAGUUCCUGGUUGUUCUUAUGUUGUUGCCAGUGUACAUUCAGGCCGUUCACAGCAUUCUAGUGUAGCAUCGAUUGACACUUUUCUCCAGCUUCUUGGUCACAGUCCACUUUUCACUUCCAUAGAGUAAGACAGACUCCACAAUUGCUUUAAACAGCCUGAUCUUUGUGGCAGCUUUGAGGUCCAACACUUUUCUUAUUUUGUUGCAAGCUAUCUAAGCUGAAGCCUGAACCCAGAUACUUGAAGUUCUCAACAGGUUCAAUGACUUCGGUGUCUCAUAUUUUGAGCCCAGCAUCAACAUGAUGGUUAAAGAACACGUAGUUUGUCUUCUUUGCAUUUUGUAAAGGACCAACCUUGGCCAAUGCUUCUUCAACAUUUCUGAGUAGCUCUUGCACUUGUUGAAACUGAUCACUAAAAAGAGCAAUGUUGUCUGCAAAGUUUAGAUCAGUGAUGGGUGAUAAUAGCCAACUGAUGUUUGAUGUACAUUUGAGGACCUAUGAGUUGUUUCAAUGCUGUACUCCAAGUUAACAUUGAUUGUACUAAAAUUGGUGUAAUUAUUUCUUUACAGGAAAUCUUACAAACAGACACAGAGAAAUUUUUCAAAGAAAUCCACUCUUUGUUGGCAUGAAAUUGCCUGAGGUGAAAGAAGUAGAACCUAUUGAGAAAAGAUUCCACCGAGUUUCGUCUGCUGCCAUUGACAUACUAAAGGUGUGUUUUUUCACAUUCUGUGAUAAGAUGUUGAUUAUAGUCAACAAUGGGCACUUUCCAUUCAACAGAAGUUCUGGUUUGAAAUUUUGGAAAUUCUGCGUACCCAAUGGUACAUUCCGGUUGUACAGACCAGACCCAAGCCACUGUGCAUUUGGUUAUUGUUCUUAUAAGAAUGAUACAAAAGAUCAGUACUGGGGACAACAUUUUUAUCAAAUGGAGAGGGGCAUUUCAGUCUGACUGACUGAAAUGACCAGACCGGUCAAAGUGAACCACCUUCAGAGGUGGUCCAAAUAUUCUGGUCGGACCAAACCAAAAUGGUCCUUUCUAUUUGAUUUCUAACAGAAAUUUCUGGAAUUUUGGGCUGAAUGGAAAGCGCCCAAUGGUUUCUGUUUUGCGUUUUUAGGGCCCGGGUGACAUUUUAAAAUUUGAUUUACAUGCUGUCAACCUAUUGCAGGUCUCAUUCUAAUGAGCACUCUAAUUUCCUCUUGUCAGAACUUUACCCUGUGAAUCAUUCACUGCUCUUAAACAAAGUUCUCUGAUUUGCCCUAUCCUAUGAAAUCCAUGACCACUACAGUAUGUAGUCAGAUUACAUAUAUCCCACCACCCACCCACCUUUGCCUAGGACAAAUUAAGAAAGAGUCCCAAAUUUCUCUCUAGUAAAGCAAUUUUGCUCUGAAGUAAUACCUCAGUCCAGCUGGAUUGUACUUGCUGAUUGUAAGCGACAAAAAAAAAAUUAUCAUCAUGAUGUCAAUCUUUGGUAAUUUAAGUGCCUUGAGUAUUGAUUGAAAGUGUGUUGGUACAAUGUAGCUUUUAAUAGAGCAUGAACCUAUUUAUUUUCGCAGUAAAAAUGGUAUACUUUAAUAUGCAGUCGUUUUAUUGCAGCUGUGUCUCAAGAUGGAUCCUGCAGAAAGGCCUCUAUGUUCACAGCUACUAAAACAUGACUUUUUUAAGAAAGACAAUUUUUGUGAGAAGUUUGCUCAAGAAUUGAAAGCCAAAAUAACAAGAGAAACGGCAGAUAAUCCGCUUCUGAGGUCAAUUAAUGGACGUCAUGACUCUAAAGAUGAAAGUGCUGAAGAAAAAGCACGAAGGAAAAAGAGGAAAGAAAAAGAAAAGGUAAUAAGAACACAAAUACACGUAUGUGAGUAUUACUCCAGUCACACUGUGUGUGAUCUUGUUUGAAUAUUCAGGUCUUCCUAUUUGCCUCUCUCAUAAUCAAGAGACAAAAUAUGACUUGCACCUUUGUAAACGCUCGUACAGAUCCAUUUCAUAAAAGAAAAGUUAUUAUAAUGUACCUUAUUGGCAAAUCUACAGUAUCAAGAAAAAUUGAACUCUUGACAGUGUGUAUUAAUAUCCUGCAAGAUUGUGACAUUGUACCUGAUCUGUGUUAGGAUUGUUGAUCUGGAUGUGAAUAAGAUUUUAGGAAACUAUCCACCCACACCUCCCUUCACCUAACCUGAGAUCAGGCGUUAUUAUUAUUUUUUUGCUUCUUGGCUUCUUUGGCUCGAGAGGGAAAAAAAACGACCUCCUCUCGAAAACAGAUUAUAGAGACAAAGGGAGAGGGCAUGAUCGCAGGCUACGCUUGACCCAUAGUUAACACUAACUUGUCACGUAAUUCAAAAUGUUGGGUUCGGGGAGGGGUUAGUGUAAGUAGGCAGUUUCCCAAAAUCUUAGUCUGAUUCACUCAGAAGUUCCCUAAUUUGCAGUCAUAAGAGAUCGGGAUUGAGGGGAGAGGGAAACUGUACAGUGAUCACUGAAACUAGAAAAACUUUCUUCUUUAUUCAGGAACAUCGUGAGAGUAAAGAGCAACGUGAGAGAGAGUCUAAGAAAUCGGAGACGAAGGAAGUGUUAAGAGAACCAAAAAAGCACAAAGACCCCAAAGAAUAUAGAGAGAGUACAAGUCAAGACAAACCGAGUAAAAAAGUUCCUUUGUUACCUUCAACAUCGUCUGUGUCAGCACAAGAGGUAACGGCAGCUGCAUCAACAGCUAAUUCACCUCCUCAUGAACCUCAUGCAACUGUAGGGGCUUCCACAUCCAAUAUACCCACAACAUUAUACGGCAUCACUGGCCCGUCUACAACACAGGCAGCCCAGCACGAUACGUUUGUCACUGGACACGCCCACGGGAAACAGUUGUCCCCUAUACAAAGUGCCAGCACCCUUAGAAACUCGCCCACUCAAGAACCCCCUGGUACAGUAUUAUCAAAAGGUUCUGUCCCUACAUCACAGGGAUUGUCUACCAAAGGAACCAGUUCACAUGCUAUGAGUUUAUCAAAGACAAACAUUGGAUUAGGUGUGGUUGGACCUCGGCAUGAGUCGCCGCCAGGACCACCUCCAUUCAGGUAAUGAAAGUACAGUAUGCUAAAUAUUUGACCCUUCUCCCAGUCUGUCUGCGUGAAAGUUCAGUCAUCGUACUGUGUAACGGAGCAAAGAACUCGGUUCAUCUCCUGGCCCCAUAACAUCACUCAACAGUUCAACGUCUAGCCUGUUCAGCUAGCGGGAUUUAUCGCGUAUGACUGCUUUAUUCCACGGGUGCUUUUGUUGCCUUUACUUAGGCUGUAAAGCCACGAGAAGAAUGGAAUUCCUCGUGGCUUUGCCGCUAGCUACGCGCGGUAGCCCUUCCGCCUAAAACACAGUAUCCUAUUCUUAUGCUGCUAGCUGCACUGAUUAUGUAAUCCCGUGUCCUUUUUUGUUUUUGUUAUAUAUUUUUAAAUAUGACCAAAGCUGUUUCGAUUGAGCAAUAUUUGUGUUGCAGUUGGUUUGUUUUCCUUGACAAAAUAUCGUUCAUAACAUCGCUUUUGGUUAUCUCCUUUGGUUUAGUUGUUGAAAAUUAAAAGUUGGGUUAUUUUGGUCUCUGCCCAAAAAGCAUGCACUGACUGAAAAAUAGAUUUUUCAGUGUUAAAGCUUUAAAACUACCUGUAGAUAGUAGUACCUUCUAAGCAAUUUAUAUAAAAAGUUUGUCGCACCUGUAGCUUCAUUUGUUUACAAAUCAUUCUUGUUUAUCACCAAGCGAACGGCGUCCAGUGGCCUCUGAGGUUAAGUCACAUGCAAAUUAAACUAGUAUUCCGGCGUUCUUGUUUUCAGGGUCGUAAAUGAGAGUAAAGUAAAGAAAACGCCUCCAUCUUACUCGAAAAAAACAAGUGGCCCUCCUCCAAAUCACCACAGUACGUCUCUUUAUCCCACGGGCGAAUCUUAUUACGAUCAGAGAACUUCAAGCAAUUUUGACCUUGGUAGCAGGCAUAGUGAGAGGUCAUCAUUAGAGUCAAACUACAAAAAGAAGAGAGACAAAGACAAGGAAAAGGAACGAGAAAAAGGGAGAGGAGGAGGGGGAGAGAACGAGUUUCCACAUUUACCCGAUGUACCAGGAGCAGAAGGUACAGUGCAAUAUCACAACAGUAAAGUGAAACGCCACUUUAAUUAUAACAAGUAUUCAGUUUUAAGUGGUACUUUUCCAAAAUGACCAACUGCUAGAGGUCAAAUGUUGAACACAUUGAGAGAAGUUGUGGGUUUACUCCAUACUGACUAAAUGGGCCAUUGGCAGCUAACAGAUGCUCAGUCUGUAGCUUGUCAUUAAUGUGGUACAAAUUGCCAUUCUGGAGAGCAAGGAACACACCAGGACAAGACGAACAAAGAUAUUUCAUUUAAAAUGUUAAUUUCCGUUAAUAACAGCAACAACAAUAAUAAGCAACAAUAAUUUCCAAAUGAGUACGAAGUCAGUGUUUUUCACGUUAACGGGUGUCCGUAUAAAGCGAGUUGAAUUUAGAAGCAAUGUAGGGGCUUUUACAGGUACAAAAAAGACUUACAUAGUGUGGGGUGUCAGAACUUUUUCAUAUAUAUGGUAAAGGUGGUGGAAUAUUAAAGGAAGUUCAGAACUCUUUAAUUCUUCUUCCGAGUACUGUUGCCCAUGUCACUGACAUCAUAUCUUGAAGUUGACCCAGAUUGUGACGAAGAGGUACAACUGCAGUAGCAAUCACAAUGAUCGAAACUAUUUUACCUUUCUUCAAAUUAAGUAUUUUUUUGCUGUAUUUGCAGCUAAGAACAGCAUCAAGACAGGGAAGAGCUCCAAAAGUGUCACCAAAACUUCUAUAUCGAUGAUGCCCCACAUUACAAACCUAACUCCAUUUCAGAACGGCACGUCGUCACAAAGACAGGUAAUGUAGUAAUGCACCUUGUUCACGAUACUCGCCAUCUUAGCACCCGCUUAAGGACUGAUGGGAUAAAAACAAUGUCACGUGGUUUCUCAGGGAGCAAACAAGUGAAAAAAAAUUGCCAUUGGAAGAAAUCGCGGUUGAGUUUGUUUAUACUAGACAACAGGAAAUGAAGACCUUUUCGUCUUAAACACGAUAAUGUCAAAAUAUGGGUGAAAGUGAUCAUUGUUACUUUUUUUAUGCAAUAGCGACCGUAGAUGUCCUCAUGGCAAUCAGUAAUGACGUAAAUCUUGCCAAAACUCGAUAUGUAGCAUGAUUAUGAAAUCGUCGUCUCGUUUUGAUAGAAUAAUCGAACUCGGCCGCUACUACUCGUAUCGGCAAAUUUUAUCACUUUUUUGCCUCGUGAAAUACCACGUGACAUAGCUUUUAUCCUAUCGUUCCUAGAGCGUGUGCAAAUAUGGCGAGUGUCGUAAAUAAGGUCUAUUGAAUAGACCCAAUACGGCUAUUGCUCAGUAUUCACUCCCCCAGGGGUUGGGGAGGGCGAAUCUAUGACGUCAGAAUCUAUGAUGGUAGAGGGAAUCAGCCCGAUUCGUUGUUCCAUUUCAGUGACCUGUCCCUUAUUUCGAAGACUUGGCGUUACGGGCCACUGUCAAAUCUCUCGAUCCUGGCGAUCUUACGAAAAAAUAAGGGACUGUGAACUGUCCAGAAUAAACCAUAAGAUGUAUAAUAUAUAUACUUAUUUAUUUAUAAACUUCGCCAAGAGGCUUGGAUCACUCACAGAGCAAGCUCCACUACGAAUUCCAGAAAAAAAAAGAAAAUUAGUAAUACAACUAAACAGAAUGACAAUACUUUAGAAACGACAAAAAAAAAGAAAUGCAAAUGCAAAAACAGAAUUGGGAAGGACAUCGAUAAAAAUAUCAACAACACAUACGAUCAAGCAAGCAGUUCAAUGGCCGACUAGUGUGGUACUUCAUACAAACACUCUUUAAGGUCUGGGGGGUGUCGACAUCAUAAACAGACUUCGUGAGAUACAAGUAGUAAUUAAAAAGGUCUUUCUGAAAGUGCGCCACUGGGCUCAGCUCUACAGUAAAAAUUGUCUUCAAAGCUGACGGUGCUGGCCCUAGUCGUUUUCAGCAGCGUACCCUUGGAGGAGACAGUGCGCAUGGGUCUAGUGGAAUUCAUCACUGAAAUAAAAGGGUUCGAUAGACUAAGUAAACAUUUGAAUACGUACACCAAAUCUAAAAAUUCGGGCCAAAAACAUAAUGGUAGGAGCCCAAUUUUCAAAAGCAAAAUUGGUAUUAAUUAACCACGACUGUAAAACUUUACGUGGACUGAUCCGGUAUUAUUUAAGAUUAAGGGGGAGGGGAGGGGAGGGGCUUGAUAACUGUCUUUCCCUGAAAAGCGGGGAGAGGGGUGGUUAAUAGAGGAUGCUUAGAGGAUUUACGGGUCGUCACUUGUUUCCAUCCUCCAAACUGACAUUUUCCUCUCAGUGGCUCUCACAAGACAUCUCAGUUUUCUUACAUGAAAUUUCUCUUUCUCUUGAAAUUUCUGUUCAAUUUUUUAGGAAAAAAAAUCAGGAAGGCACGAGUAGAAUUCGAUUUCGGAGCAUCGGCUCUGCAGUGCAUCACUUUACCCUCUACACCACCGAGGAUUUGCUGACAAUCAAUGGUUUGAUUUGAACCCUUACUUUGUGUACGAAUCAUGAAACUGUCAAGGUCAAGUGGGCGGAUGGAAAUAAGUGUUAACCGGAUUUACGAUAUUGAAAAACUUAGUAAUAACCUGUUCAAACAAUGGUCAAGUUCAUUAAUCCACAAUAAGCUCAAACGAACGUACAAUUUUUGUGCUGAUUAGACAGUUACCUUCUGUACUGUGUAUUGGUGUUUCUGGUCUAAUUUGUGCGGCAUUUUAAACCGUCGUUAUUGUUUUUAUUUGUUCAUAGAAUACACCGCCAGGUUAUUAUCAAGGAAACAGUCACGAUUCCAAUCUGCCGUCCGUAUGAUUCAGGAGAAAAAAAAUUCAGUCAUCAAUUAAUAUAUCAAUGUAGACUAUAAUUAUGUCAACAUAGGGUUUGCCUAUGGUUUAUUGUAAGUCAUAUAAUGUUAGUGUGUAAUCAUUAUUGUAGCUUAUAUUUAGAACAUACUUAGAAUACUUGUACAUGUUUUUCAGUCCAGCUUUGUUUUAUAUCCGGGGCGCAAUUCAUAUAUCGCGGAAACGUGAAACACACGUUUUUUAUCCAUACAUGAGAAAGGGGGAAAAAACUGUACAUUUGUUGUUGUAUUCAUACCGUUACCAUAAAUUCCAACGCUGUAUUCCCCCCGUACAUAAGUUAUUUUUAAAAAAGAACUACGUG